CACAUUAAUGAGAUCUCCAUCGCGAAUUGCUGUGUUUAUGGCUACACCGACGUAUUUUCCCACGGGCAACAACACCAAAACCAUGCACGCAAUCAUUUCCGCCAAUCCUCGGCAAGUGUGAGAAGCGAGAAGCUGACGUGGGACGUGCAUCAGUGGAGACAGCAUACAUGUUCCGCUGGGGGGCGCUGUCACCGUACUCCGCCACGGCUUAUAUCUCUGACUCUUCCAGCUUCCUUUCGACUGUAGUGCUUUCCUCCAGCGUGAUUCUUUCGUCUUUUUUCUUCGCCUCACCCGGCGUGAUGGCUUUUCGCACAAAUCACAUCUUAUCGCAUAAUUCUCGGUAUCCCUUACCACUAAGCCCUCUUGACGUUGAUAUGAAGUCGACGCUGGCGUCUGACCCAAACUCUUACAGUCGCCCAGCAGACUUCACGACAUCGUCGCGGCUGCAUAAGGGCGUGAUGUACUACGGACAGGGAGACAUGAAAGAAGCAAUACCCCUGGAGAUUUUUCGCUGGCUAUUGGUCGUAACGCCUCCAGAUAUCCUCGGAGCUGAGGGGGGUAAAACCCUAUCAUCCGAUGUUCUAAUGACACUGCAACACACGCUACCCAAUCAACUUGAUGCCGUCGCAAAAGAGUUCGGACUGCCGAGCACUGUUGGGCUACGUGUAUUUGUACACCUAACUGUUGAAGCUGGAGUCCCACCAGUGAGACCUAGAGUCACAGAUGACGUGUGGCCAUUGCUAUGGGCUCAAUAUUUACAUUCGAACCAACAUCCAUCUUUGACACAACUGGCUGGACUUCCCAUUGCGGGGCAUGUUGAGUUUGACAUUGACAUGCAAUCUGCACGAUGGUACAAUACCUGGCGGCGGCACGGAGAUCUGUCUGGCGCAAUUUCUUCAUCUCAUCCUGUUGACACGAAGAUCGGCUUCGUCCCUCUCGAUGCGUCUAAUCACUUCAAUGAAGCUCAUGCCAAAUCCCGCUCUUCGAAAACCCAUAUCAGACACCUUUCUCUUCUUGAACGUCGGGGGGAAAUUUCGCGUCUCCACAAUUCCUCGAGAACCAACACUUUGUCGGGCACAAACGGCUUUGUUGUAGAUGCAAAAGAAGUCCAAGAGGUUGCGUAUCCGAAAAUUUUGCCUGGCCAUGUGCCUAUUUCGCCUCAUGUCCGCUCCUUGGUUCAAGAAUGGAGAAAGCGUACUCCCAUGGGCGUUGUCCCUCAUCCUGAGGUCCCUUUGGGGGCACCAUUCGUUGAAGCAGACGCCGACGUUUCUGAACAUAUGGAUGACGGAAUUCUUGAUUUGGAUGAUUUUCCCUGGUCUAUCUCAUCCGCAGGUCCACCUAGUUACGACGGGAACGACCUCAUGACGCUAUCUCCCCUCCCUCGUUCUGUUCAUAUGGCUGACCGACGUGCUGGUUCCGUGAUGACUCCAUCAACGGCCACGUCGUUUGGUUCACCUAUCGAUGGGCAUGCUUCUUCCACAUACCCCCAGAAAUUCGACUACCUACACCAAUCGCAUCACGAAUGAUCGACGACUCCCCUUGCACGCCUUCCAUUGUGGCGACACGAAGUCCUCCAUUG